AUGGGCCAAAUCCCAUCAACAGCACCCAGCUCAUCGAUUCACAUACAAAUCCUCGAUCUCCAGCACACCCUCCGCACACAUCUUAUCUUACUUAAGCCUCUACUAUCCUACCUCUAUCACAACUUCAACUACACAUCUACAACAAUGUCUGCCAUGACUGAGAACCGCCAACAAGUCUACGUCUCCGACGGCUUCUCGGAGCCCAUGAGCGCUCAGCACAACUUUGCCAACAACUUCGACCUCAACGACCCCGACCGGGCCAUGACCGACUACCAGAGGAUCAUGCACGAGCACACUAAGCGCCAGCUCACCACUGCCACCGACUCUGCUCGUCGACGAAGCGGCGCAUCGUCUUCCGACUCUGUCAGCUCCGCCAGCUCAUAA